AUGAUGGAACAAAAAUUUAUAUUCGUAUUAAUUAAAAUUUCAACGUUUAUAAUUUUACCUUGGAUAUGUCACUUUUGCAAUGACAUGAGCUCUUUAUAUAUAAAUUUGGAUGAAAUAUGCAAUCUAUGUAGAAAGCCAAAUACAAGAAAUUAUCGAUUAUUAACAAUAUAUGAAAAGGAUAAAGAUUCAUGUAUUGUAAAUUUUAAAGAAGUAUUGCCAAAUGAUGAAGUGAAGAAAAAAAAAUAUAUAUAUAAUAAUGAAAAAGGAACAUACGAAAAGCACAAAUCAUCACAUAGAAGUUCAUUAUAUAUUGAGGAAUACAGUAAAAAUAAUGAGAAAAAUAAACCUGAUAUACCUAAAACAAAAAAAUAUUCUAAUUUUGAAAAACAAAUAUUUAAAGAACUUGAUUAUAAAGAUUACCUUAAAAAUAUCAAGGAAAUAGAAGAUAAGGAAUAUAAGAAAGUAGCACGUAAAAAACGUAGAAUACGAACUGCUUUAUUUUUGUUAGUUAUUUUUGUAUUGAUACUCCCCAUAUUAGAUUUUUCAUUAGAAAAAUUUAUAGAUGGUGGAUUGUUGGGUUUAUUAGGGUUGUUAUACUUGAAUAAAAAUGGUGAUGCACAAUCGACAGAGGGGAUUUUGAGUACCUUGUUUGAAAUAGAAGGAUGGGGUAAUUCAGAUAAAAUAUGGGCAGGAACUAUUUUUUUUUACUGUGUACCUUUUCUUAUAUUUGUUGUCAUAUUUAUAUUAGGAAUGAUUUACUACUAUAAGAAAGUUAUAAAAUAUGAAAAUAUGAAGUUCAAAAAAAAAAUAAAUAAAGAUUAG